CUGUCAAACUUUAUAAACCUUUACAUACUCACAGAUAGACUUUGAAUUUCGUUUUCCAAGAGGGAAUUCGCCGGUCGCCUCAGUUCUCUGAGAAGGUUCUACUCUUUGUGCUUGGCUUGUUUUUGUUUUUUGUUUUGGUCGUUGACGUUGCCGCGUCGCUUCUAGCAAUCCGCACAGUUCGCAUCGAGACUCCGAGCAGAGCGGCAGGCACAGGCAGAGGCGCUCCAGUUGCAGUUGCAGUUGCAGAUACAGAUAGAGAUACAGAUACAGAUACAGCGGAUCGAGACCAGAUAUACACAGGCUAUACUGUGGCCACUUAAGAACCCAUCCCCGAGUGAAGGAAACCCCAAAAAGAGCAGUGCGAAAAUGCCGUUCCCCAUCCAUCCGCCCAAGCAGAUGCCCUGCCCCCACUGGCAGCACUUCCCCAUCAGUCCCGUGGACAGCAAGCCCAAUCCCUUUGACUCCGCGGGCGGAGCGGCGGCGGCGGCGGCCAACCAGGUCAACAUGGGGGUCAACAAGCCCCCGGAGCCGCUAUCCUAUAGCUACUGCUUACAGUGUAAGGCCUCCGGUAAGGAGUCAUCGAACACAGUCGACAGGGAGUAACUUUUAACCAAAAAACUUUGGAGGUGACCCAAGUUCAACCCAUCCAAUCAGCCAUCGCCCGUAAUCAGCCACUUCAGCAGAGGACACACACUUGCAAAGCCCCUUAAAAAAGAAAACAAUCUUCAAAAGCGCAGAACAAAGUUUUGAUUUCAAGAGAUACACCCCAUUAUUCAUUUCAAAAUCAAAGAUAAGCUAUAAUGCAUCCAAGCAAACCAUCCUUUUUUUUCCUGUGCUGUUAUUAUAUUAUAUGGAAAUGGAUGUGAUCCUUAAAGCAUGCUUACACACCUAGAACUGAUAUUUAAACUUUAUAAAUGUGAAUAUGCAGUCAGACAACCCAUAAUAUUUUCUGUUUUUUUGCCAUUUCACUUUAAAAUAGUUGGUCUACUGAAAGCAGAUCCACAUAAAAGUAAUACUUUUCAAUUCGCAAUAGAUAUGAAAUGAGAAAUUAUCGGCGAGAUCUGAUCACGUCCAAAGGCAGCCCAAUUUCUUCCUGUGUUGUUAUUAUUUAACCUAACCUAAGCACAUGUUCCAUUUACUUUUGCUGUUUUUUUUCUUUUGCUAUAAUUAAGCUAAGCAUUUUUGUACGUAUUUUAUUUGUAUUUAGAGCUAAAGACUACAGUUUAUACGGUUUAUGAAUUUAUGAAUUUUUGAUAUAUUUGUAUAAGAGAGCGCCAAUAAACGCACGACGCAUUUAAAAAACGA